CCGUGCCUCGCUGAGUGGUUUAGCCCGAGCUCCCCUCAGCGAACCGCCCCUUCUCCCCCCGCGCGAGUGGCGCAUAGGCGCGCGGGGCCGAGGGGCGGGGCCAGAACCGGGCGCGCGCAGCGCUGUGUAUAAAUACUGGGCCCGCUGCCCGCCGCCUCGUUCAUUCCGCGCCGCCAGCCCGAGGUUAGUGGAACGCUGUCUUCUGCUUGCGCGUUUCGCAGUCGUCGCCUCACCGCUCUUUUCUCUUCAACGCCACUUUUACCGCUACUGUCACCAACACCAACAUGAACGGGCAGCUCAACGGCUUCCAUGAGGCGUUCAUCGAGGAGGGCACGUUUCUCUUCACCUCAGAGUCUGUGGGGGAAGGCCACCCAGAUAAGAUUUGUGACCAGAUCAGUGAUGCUGUCCUUGAUGCUCACCUUCAGCAAGACCCUGAUGCCAAAGUGGCCUGUGAAACUGUUGCUAAAACUGGAAUGAUCCUUCUUGCUGGGGAAAUUACAUCCAGAGCUGCUAUUGACUACCAGAAAGUGGUUCGUGAAACCAUUAAACACAUUGGAUAUGAUGAUUCUUCCAAAGGGUUUGACUACAAGACUUGUAAUGUACUGGUGGCCUUGGAGCAACAGUCACCAGAUAUUGCUCAAGGAGUUCAUCUUGACCGGAAUGAGGAAGACAUUGGUGCAGGAGACCAGGGUUUGAUGUUUGGUUAUGCCACUGAUGAAACUGAGGAAUGUAUGCCUUUAACCAUUGUCUUAGCACACAAGCUCAAUGCCAAACUGGCCGAACUGCGCCGCAAUGGCACUUUGCCUUGGUUACGCCCAGAUUCUAAAACUCAAGUGACUGUGCAGUAUAUGCAGGAUCGAGGCGCUGUGCUUCCCAUCAGAGUCCACACAAUUGUUAUAUCUGUUCAGCAUGACGAAGAAGUUUGUCUUGAUGAGAUGAGGGAUGCCCUAAAGGAGAAAGUCAUCAAAGCAGUUGUGCCUGCAAAAUACCUCGAUGAGGAUACAAUCUAUCAUCUACAGCCAAGUGGCAGAUUUGUUAUUGGUGGGCCUCAGGGUGAUGCUGGUUUGACUGGCCGGAAAAUCAUUGUGGACACUUAUGGCGGUUGGGGAGCUCAUGGAGGAGGUGCCUUUUCAGGAAAAGACUAUACCAAGGUGGACCGUUCAGCUGCUUAUGCUGCUCGUUGGGUGGCAAAAUCCCUUGUUAAAGGAGGUCUAUGCAGAAGGGUUCUUGUUCAGGUCUCUUAUGCUAUUGGAGUUUCUCAUCCAUUGUCUAUCUCCAUUUUCCAUUAUGGUACCUCUCAGAAGAGUGAGAGAGAGCUAUUAGAGAUUGUGAAGAAGAAUUUUGACCUCCGCCCUGGGGUCAUUGUCAGGGAUCUGGAUCUGAAGAAGCCAAUUUAUCAGAGGACUGCAGCCUAUGGCCACUUUGGUAGGGACAGCUUCCCAUGGGAAGUGCCCAAAAAGCUUAAAUAUUGAAAGUGUUAGCCUUUUUCCCCCAGACUUGUUGGCGUAGGCUACAGAGAAGCCUUCAAGCUCUGAGGGAAAGGGCCCUUCUUCCUAAAUUUUUCCUGUCCUCUUUCAGCUCCUGAUCAGUUGCAGUCACUCUAGUCAAUGACAUGAAUUUUAGCUUGUGUGGGGGACUGUAAGUUCGGCUUGCUAUUCUGUCCCUAGGUGUUUUGUUCACCAUUAUAAUGAAUUUAGUGAGCAUAGGUGAUCCAUGUAACUGCCUAGAAACAAACCAACAACACUGUAGUAAAUAAUGCUUUGAAAUUGAACCUUUGUGCCCUAUCGCCCAACCCCCUAAAAUUCUAAUUGCAUUGACUUUCCCACCAGAUGCUGAAAAUGUCCUUGUGAUGUGCACGUAAAGUACUUGUAGUUCCAUUAUAGCCUGUCUGGCAAUGCCACAGCCCUGUCAGCAUGAAUUUGUAAUGUCUCAAGCUCUAUUAUGAAUGUGAAGCUUUCCCUUAUCUUCCCUAUAACUUGAUCUAUUUCUAAUUAUGUAGCUCUUUGUCAGGGAGUGUUCCCUAUUCAAUCAUUCUUGCAUGUAACGCAAGUUCCAGUUGGAGCUCUAGCCUGACAUUUUUUUAAAAAGGCAGUUACCAUUAAACCAUCUCCCUGGUGCUUAUGCUCUUAAUUGCCAUCUCUUAAACAGCACCAAAUCUUAUCACUCCAUUUAUUCAGCUGUCUUUUGGAGGACGUACGUAAUAAGGUUUUUAUUCAGUCAACCAAUCCUAUGCAUGGUUUCAGCACUAGCCAAACCACCAACUCCUAGCUCUAGAAAAAACAGGCACUUGGCACCCUUGUGAUGUCAUACAGAGAAGUCACAGGGCAGUACCUGAGGGUCUGUAGGUUGCACACUUUGGUACCAGAUAACUUUUUUUUUCUUUAUAAGAAAGACUAAGUAUUCCACACUGCACAAUAACUCCUCCCAGGGUUUUAACUUUGUUUUAUUUUCAAAACCAGGUCCAAUGAGCUUUCUGAACAGCUGGUGUAGCUACAGAGAAACCAGCUUCCUUCAGACAGCAGUGCUUUUGGCGGGGAGGAGGAAAAUCCCUUCAUACUUGAACAUUUUCUAAUUGCUUAUUUAUUGUAUUCUGGGGUAUGGCGUAAGUACAGAGAAGCCAUCACCUCAGAUGGCAGCUUUUAAAAGAUUUUUUUUUUCUUCAACACCAUGAUUCCUUUAACAUGUUUCCAGCGUUCCCAGGUAGGCCAAGGUGUCCUACAGAAAAACCUUGGGUUAGACCUACAGGGGGUCUGGCUGGUGUUAACAAGGGAGGGCAGAGCUGGUGCAGCUAGCCAUGGAAAAAGCAGACCUGGCUGGUGUGGUACAGAGAAGCCAGCUUGUUUACAUGCUUAUUUCAUGACUGCUUGCCCUAAGCAGAAAGUGCCUUUCAGGAUCUAUUUUUGGAGGUUUAUUACGUAUGUCUGGUUCUCAAUUCCAACAGUUUAAUGAAGAUCUAAAUAAAAUGCUAGGUUCUACCUUAA